GACAUGGUGUGCGGUGCCCUCUUUGUGCUCGUCCUGCAGCUGUCAGGAUUUAUUAUUGCUCCCACUGUGGGGAUGUUGGCAAUGUGUGACACAGGCUUCGGGACACGCUCCUGCCUGUGGCUGCCCUGGAGGGAAGAGACCAGGCAGAUAAGGACAUUGCUGUUUGAGCACCAUCUUCGGAAAGCUGCAAGAGAUUCAGGCAGACUUGUGUUUCUCUGUCCCAGGGUUUGUGACUUAGUAUGGAUUUGACAUCAUCACAACAUAAUUAUCUACAAAAUGAACUGGGGCUACUGACAGCUUUUCUUCUUCAGCACUUUCAUGGCUGCACAUCUUUCAAGAUCCUAAAGUAUUCAUUUGGGCCUGCAAUUUCCAUGCAGAUCCUGAUAUUGAUAUCUGUGAUUUUGUUGGAGGCUGCAGGCUUGAUACAGAAACUCUGCUUUGGACAAGGGGAAAAAGAGGAUGAACAGAUAGUUGCAGAAAUCAUGAGGAGGCGUUUUUUUCCAGCUCUUAUAACUCAUGAGCCCUGGGAAGGCUUUCACUUUGCUGGCCAUGAGAUAAGAAUUACAGAAGCCACUGAUUGUUAUGGGGCAGUCGUCUGGCCAUCGGCUCUUGUUCUGUGUUAUUUUUUGGAAACUAAUUCUAAACAAUACAAUUUGGUUGACAAAAAUGUGAUUGAAAUUGGAGCUGGAACUGGGUUGGUCUCCAUAGUAGCCAGCUUACUGGGUGCCUUUGUGACUGCCACAGAUUUGCCAGAGUUACUGGGAAACCUUCAGCACAACGUUCUCCGUAAUACAAAGCUGAAAAGCAAGCACCAACCUUGUGUUAAGGAAUUGUCUUGGGGAAUUGAUCUGGAAAAGAACUUUCCUAGGUCUUCCUGUCAUUUUGACUACAUUAUGGCUGCUGAUGUAGUUUACCACCAUCCGUUCCUGGAUGAACUCCUCCUAACUUUUGAUCACUUGUGCAAGAAUGAUACUGUUAUUCUGUGGGCUAUGAAAUUUAGGUUGGAGAAAGAGAACAAAUUUGUGGACAGAUUUCAGACCCUGUUUGACUUAGAGAAGAUUUCUUAUUUCCCCAGUUUGAACAUAGCCUUGUAUAAAGCAAUGAGGAAAGACAGCAUGAAAGCCAGCCUUCCGAACUGAUGGUCUGAAAGUGAGAUAUAGGAAGGUGACAGUUUCAGCUGUUCUGUAGCUUGUUCUCUUUUUAAUAAUUUCCAUGUUAGUAGCUGCUAACAUCUACGUGAAUCACAGUUUUAGAGGUAACUGAAACAAAGCAUCUGAUUCCUAGUGCCUCCCUAAUAAAUUGCUGAAUUCAAUUUGCUGAUAGUUUUAUACACAGAAGAGAUGUACUUUUGACAUUUUCUUGACUUUUAUGUGCUAAGAUGACAACUCUAAUAAAGUUUCACUGGUCUUACCACUAUUGUUAUGGGUCAUGUAAUGAAUAUUUCCAAAAGCUUUCAGUUACAGCUUUGAGUGGUGUCUUAUAUGAUCAACCAAUCAUUUAAAACUCAAGACUGUCAUGAAUCUUUGCAUUUAAAAGUUGAGGUGUUAAAUAUGAUCUUUUCCCAUUCUCACUAUCAUGUUAAUCCUUCCUUAGAACACCCUUAAUAGGAUGUUAAAUUAGCCGAAAAAAACCCUUACUACCUAUAUUGUCAUAAUACAGGGAUAGAAUAUAUUAGUCACCCUUUGAUUUAAUAAUUAUGCUUUCAUUUUUUAUUUAGAUUUGGAGAUUCUUCAUCAGCUGCACACAUGAGGCAAGAGGGAGUUAAAUGUUUUGUUGCUUGAACAAGUGCUCAAUAUGUAAGUUGUAUAAGAAGAGUACAGCAUAUCACCAGCUGCCCUUUGCAAAGACCUUAGAUUCUUGGAUGUCUGCUCCUCCAAAAAUAGACAGUUAUCUGGACAUCAGGGAACAACAAUGGAAAAAUGAUGGUGACCAUGAAGAGAGGAGCUUUGCACUGCCGGCUGCUGGUGGCUGGAGGUAGAAAACUAAACCAGCCUGUCAUAGUGUGCCUGAGGCAUGGACAGGCUUAGAUAGUUGUUUGGUUUUGUGAUAUGGACAAACAAAAUACUUUCCUCCUAGUCCUUAGGAUUGUGUGCUUCUGUUUACAGUGGCCUAUCCAAUAGUUUUCUUAUGGGGAGAUUAAUAAAAUUAUUCUUUCCACAUACCAUA